UCCCACUAAGGAGUGGCUUCCGUUUCUGGGUCAUUACUAUGCUGACACUUUUGCUACUUUUUAACAGAGCUACGCUUGAAGCUGGCUAUGAAUGUGAAUCUCAGUAUUUCAGGCAUGUCUCUGGACGAGCUGCUGUCUGCAAAGCACUUUCAGACUUUCUGCAGGAGCCCUUCCGACUAUGGCUAUGGGAACACUAUAGAGGAUAUGAGAAGAAAGGAAUUCAGCAGAAUUGGAGAUAUGACCUACUUGGAUAAUGCUGGGACAACACUUUUUCCUCAAAGCCUUCUGGAUGGAUUCAUGAAGGACCUGUCUGAAAAUGUUUAUGGUAAUCCUCAUAGUCAUUGCAUAAGCAGCAGAUUAACAUAUGAAACUGUGGAACAGACACGAUACAGGAUUCUGCAACAUUUUAAUACAAGUUCUGAGGACUACACUGUCAUCUUUACUGCAGGAAGUACUGCUGCUAUGAAACUAGUAGCAGAAAUAUUCCCAUGGACACCAAACUGUUUAGACAACACAGGGAGUCGGUUCUGUUACUUAACUGACAAUCACACUUCUGUAAUUGGUAUAAGAGGAAUAACUAAAAUCAUUAAUGUAUUGUCUGUCCCUGUUGAACCAGAAGACAUGCUUCAGUCAAAGAACUUAGAAUCAGAUUAUCAUCAUCAAGGUGAAUACCACAAAACACCACAUCUGUUCUGUUAUCCAGCCCAAAGCAAUUUUUCAGGCACAAAGUAUCCACUUGCAUGGAUAGAAAAAAUUAGAUUAGGAAAAUUAUUCCCCCUGGGCACUCCAGGGUGUUGGUUUGUGCUACUUGAUGCUUCUUCAUAUGUCAGUACAUCACCACUAGACUUGUCAUCUUAUCAACCAGAUUUUGUUACUAUUUCAUUUUAUAAAAUUUUUGGCUUCCCAACGGGCUUGGGUGCUUUGAUUGUGUCAAAUCGUGUGACACAUCUGCUACGAAAAAAUUACUUUGGAGGUGGAACAUCAGCAGCUUAUCUUUCUGGAGAGGAUUUCUACGUCCCGAAGGCAUCCACAUCUGACAGAUAUGAAGAUGGAACUAUUUCAUUCUUGGACAUAAUAGCAAUCAAAUAUGGUUUUGAUACUUUGGAGAGGCUCACAGGAGGAAUGGAGCAUAUUCAAAAUCAUACCCACACUUUGGCUAGUUAUACUUAUUCGGUGCUGUCUGCCUUGCGUUAUGCUAAUGGCGCUUCUGUAAUACAAAUCUACAGUGACACAGAGUUUAGGAUGCUGGAUGUGCAGGGUCCAGUCAUUAAUUUUAAUGUACUGGAUGAAAGUGGAGGCAUAAUUGGCUACUCUCAGGUUGACAAGUUGGCUAGCCUUUAUAAUAUCCACUUUCGCACAGGGUGUUUUUGCAAUAGUGGAGCAUGCCAAAAACAUCUUAGAAACAGCAAUAUGGAUGUUAAACAGAAUCUUAUGGCUGGACAUGUUUGUGGCGAUAAUAUAGAUGUGAUCAAUGGACAACCUACUGGCUCUAUCAGAAUCUCAUUUGGCUUUAUGUCUACUUUUGAAGAUGCUAGAGUAUUUAUAACAUUUAUAAUUGAAUGUUUUAUAAAAAAACCCACUUAUAAAUUAUAUGCAACAGAAAGUCUACAGAGACAAUAUCAGACAAAUCGUUUGACUGAAUCAGAUACCAGCAAAGAGGUACAAUAUCUUCAAAACAACAGGUCACAUUGUGAAGAUGUGUGCCUUCCUCAUAACCACAUUCUCAAUAAUGUGUCUAUGGCUUCAAAUAUUUGUACAUGCAAAUCAAGGGAAAUAUCUUCUUUGUCAACAAAUCACAAAGCCAUUACACUUGCGGCUAUUUACCUCUACCCAAUCAAAUCAUGUGCACCAUUUCAGGUUUCCCAAUGGCCUGUGACAGAACAAGGUCUGCUAUUUGAUCGGAACUGGAUGAUAGUUAACGAAAAUAGAGUUUGUUUCAGUCAGAAGAACGAGCCAAAGUUAUGCCUGAUACAUCCAUCUAUUGAUCUUAAGAAAAACAUCAUGAUAAUUAAGGCAAAAGGAAUGGAUCCAAUAGAAACACCUCUAAUGGAUGACAGCGAUGCAAAAGCUCCCGUAUGCCAAAAUAAAGUCUGUGGAGAUAGAGUGCAUACAUACGAUUGUGGGGAGAAAAUUGCAGAUUGGCUGUCUCGGUUCCUUAAUCGCAAAUGCCAUUUGAUCAGGCAGUCUUCAAAUUUCAGUCGGUUUGCAAAUGCAAACAGGAAAGGGUUGUUGGGUGUCCCUCAUUCCACCCUUUCUUUAGUCAAUGAAGCUCAGUACCUUCUAGUAAACAGAGCAAGCAUUGUAUACCUUAGGCAGCAACUGGAAUCAAGUGAUAUUGAGAUUGACCAGCUGACCCAACGUUUCCGAGCUAACAUAGUCAUCAAUGGGAGUCAACCCUUUGAAGAAGAAAACUGGGCAGAGGUUUUCAUUGACGGGUUGCAUUUUCAGGUUUCAGGCAAAUGUAAUAGAUGUCAGAUAAUUUGUAUUGACCAGCAUACCGGGGAAAAAAAGAAAGAUGUAUUCCAAACAUUGUCAACAUGCAGAGAGGGGAAGGCAACAUUUGGCAUGUAUCUUCUAAACUCAUCAUGUUCAUUAUAUCCAGCACUACUGAAAGUGGGAUCUCCUGUGAUAUUUGCUGCUUCAGCCUCCCGACAAAGCAAGAACACAGCAAAGUAAAGGGAUACUUUUUCCUCCAAAUCUGAAUAUGUGAAGAAAACAAACAACGCAGCAUAAAUGUUCUCACACAAAUAUGACUAAAAAUUAAUAAUCAAGGAGGAUAGUAAUGAUACAAAAAUAUUAUCAGAAUCCUUCUAUUUAUGUAUUUUUAAGUGUUCUUAUUGCAGCUAUUGGUUAGGACAUGAUUAAAUGUACUCUUUUAAAAGGAGGCAAGAACAUAUGACAUAUUUAAAUUCAGUUUCCUACCGUAGCUGUUAGCUGAUUGACACUUACUACAUUGCAUAAUAUUACCGCCUCUAUUUAGCUAAGACACAGCCUCUGAAAAAUAAAAUCCAGGACCCAGUUUGUGAAAUCCUGUAUCACUCACAAGAUGAUUUUCACUUAUUAAUAAAUAAUAAAUCUGAAAUGUUUUCACAUUGAACUGCUAGGAAUUCUUGUGGAGUCUCCAGUUUGAUCACUGAUAAUUUCAGCCCCUCGCAGAACUGAUUAUCAGUAGAGUUUGCUUUUCUUCUGAAUUCCGACAGAUUAUACCCUAAAAACUGUUGUGAAGACCAUAUAUGUUUGCAAGAAAGUUUAUGUGUUUCCUUGAUUGCUGCAUUUAUUUUUAAUAACUAUAUAAUCAACACAAUAUCCUUACACUAACAAACAAUUGUACUUUAAUACUGACAACACACAUUUUGCAAAGUGUAAACUCACAUAUAAACACUUACACAAUUUUGUGAAUUCUUUUUUCUUUUGCAUUGUUCUUUUUUGCCUGAAAAAAAUGUUUUAUUGCUAUUGUGAUAAACUAACCACACUGCACAUUACCUUUUGUAUGUUAUUCCAAGAGUUAUAUUACAUUUUUGGUGAUUUCGGUGUAUUUUCAGUCUUUUUAUUGCAUUUUUAGUUCUGGAUAGGUGUUGUUCACUUGAUUUUGUCCAUAAAACUAAUUUGGCAAAGCCAAAAUAUUUAAAGGGGACCUGUCACCCUAAGAAAUAAUUCGAAAUUCUUUUCUAUUGUGUUUGUUAAGCAAAAUAAACUUCACUUACACUAUAUAAGUAA